UCCGUUUCAGUUCAAUGUCGCUCUGUCAUUUUUCUCUCUCGCGCUCUCCGCUUGUAAAAUAAAGUUUUUUCCUGUGUAUGUGUGGAGCUGAAGAUGGCGGCCAGCUCGGAGCGCAGUCCUCCGCCUUUCCCGGACUCAGAGGAGCCCGAGCUGCUGGAGGACAGCGACGAGGGGGCGGAUGCGUUCACGGGAACGUCAAUCUCAGAGAUGGAUUCUCCGUCACCGGACUCAACCAAACCUCCUAAAGACAUCUUCAACGAGCCACUAGAAGACAUCUUCAGCGAUCCUCUUAGCAACAUUAACUCUGAACCCCAGAAGAAAGUAGACACCAAGAUCCCUUCACCUAGUAGCGAUGAGGCCGUCGACCUGUUCAGCGACCCAUUGGACGAUGAUAGCGAAGUAGUUAGUUCACCUGAGGUCCAAAACCCCAUGCCAGAUCUCUUAAACGAGCCUGUACAAGCGCCAAAGUCCGAUGUCCUCGGUGAACCACCUGUGCACAAAAAUGCCGCCCGACAGCAGGAUAUUUUCGAAGACCCUCCAAAGGGCAGCAGCAAAAGCUCUUCAGUCAAGAAAGCAGCGAGCGCAGAGCUGUUCAGUGAUGAGGAUGAGGAGGAUCUAUUUAAGGAGCUGCCAAAAGUUGUGACGAAGAAGCCUCAGCCUUCAGGACCACCUGUCGAUGUUUUCACAGAGGUGAAAUCAGACGUGAAGGUCAAGCCACAGGUUAAAGACGACCCCACGGAUCUGUUCGCAGAGGAAGCCUUGACUGCACCUGCCCCGAAACCCUCCGCCAGCAGCAGCAGCUCCAGGACCAAUGGGGUUCACUCUGAGGAGCACGAUCUCUUCUCAGAAGCUACAGUGGAGUUGUCUCUGGACAGUCCUCGUAAUGACCGCAAGAAGAAAGACGCUGUGAAACCGUCAGUAUCGGCUCCUGUGGCCCCUGUAGCCAGCAGCUCCAGUAAAGCUCCGUCCAAAACCCUGGAGGAGCUGGAGGAAGAGGAAAGUGAGGACACGUUUGAUCUGAACAUUUCUGUCACGAAUCCAGAGAAAGUCGGUGAUGGUAUGAACGCUUACAUGGCCUACAAAGUUUCAACACAGACAUCACUAACCAUGUUCCGUAGCAAGACGUUUACCGUCCGCAGACGUUUCAGUGAUUUCCUGGGAUUGUAUGAAAAGCUCUCGGAGAAACACUUACAGAAUGGAUACAUUGUACCUCCACCACCAGAGAAGAGCAUUCUGGGUAUGACAAAAGUCAAAGUUGGGAAGGAGGACCCAUCAUCAGCAGAGUUUGUGGAGCGGAGGAGAGCUGCUCUAGAGAGAUAUCUUCAGAGGGUUGUGAGUCACCCGUCUCUGCUGCAGGAUCCUGAUGUGAGAGAGUUUUUGGAGAAAGAGGAGUUACCCAGAGCAGUCAGCACACAGGCUCUGAGUGGAGCCGGCUUCCUUAAAAUGCUCAACAAAGCCACAGAUGCUGUGAGCAAGAUGACCAUCAAGAUGAACGAGCAGGAUGUGUGGUUUGACGAGAAGAUCCAGGAUGUAGAAAAUGAAGAACAGCAUAUGCGGAAGCUUCACGUCAUGGUGGAAUCGCUUGUCAAUCACAGAAAAGAGUUGUCUGGGAACACGGCUGUGUUUGCGAAGAGCGUGGCGAUGUUGGGCAGCUCGGAGGACAACACGGCUCUGUCGCGAGCUCUGUCUCAGCUGGCCGAGGUGGAAGAUCGAAUCGAGCAGCUCCAUCAGGAACAGGCCGCCAACGACUUCUUCACCUUCUCAGAGCUGCUGGCCGAUUAUAUACGGCUGUUGGGAGCCGUCAAGGGUUGUUUUGAUCAGAGAAUGAAAGCGUGGCAGCGCUGGCAGGACGCAGAGAACAUGCUGCAGAAGAAGAGAGAGGUCGAGGCCAAACUCCUGUGGGCCAACAAACCUGACAAACUCCAGCAGGCCAAGGAUGAGAUCGCUGAGUGGGAAGCAAAAGUCACGCAGUACGAGAGAGAAUUUGAGAGAAUCUCAGCCACCGUACGGAAAGAAGUCAUCCGCUUUGAUAAAGAGAAAGCUCGAGACUUUAAGAGACAAAUCAUCAAAUAUCUGGAGUCACUGCUGAACUCGCAACAACAGCUGAUAAAAUACUGGGAGGCGUUUUUGCCGGAGGCGAAAGCGAUCGCGUGAGGCAGCGUCCACGCACAAACACACACUCACAAAUAACUGAGGCCUUUCUACACUCUUUACCUCUCGCCUAUAAACCAAGAGAAACCGCGCUGCAAAGGGAAAUCAUCUAUCCGGCCGCUCGUUCCUCUGAUUGAGUUAGUAACCUGUAUAUUUUCUGUGUAAUCUUCACCUUUAUUUUCUUUAUUGUUUGGGGGAUGUGAACGCAUGUGGUGGCUGGGUGUCGUCCUCGUCUGUAUGCAACCAAACCUUGUUACUCGUCAGCAGUGAUGUCAGUGGUUUACACUAGAGGGCACUCGUCGCUCAUUCAUAUACUCGCACAGUAAGAAACUUCCCAUCAGGCCACUUGUGUGACCAGUCAAGCCGUUUAUACUAAUUAGUCUGGGUUUUCAGAGAGAAAUAGGGACCUAGUUUGUCCAGAAUACUGGUAUAUACACUUUUAAACACCAUGAUGACAUUGUAUUUUGCAGUAAAAGAGGUUGUAAUACAGUUAUUAGGGACUGUUGAAAUAAAAAUGACUGAAACUGGCUGGAUGUUGUAAACUGGCCAGUGGAAAUGAUAGGAACUGUAUAUGUCAACACUUACACUCAUUGAUCAGCCUGUUAGAAAUUGAUCAGUGUUUUUUUCUUUCUUUUUCUGGCUUAUUGUUUUUACUCAAAGGAUCAUUUUAAACCUUCCAUAGAUUUAGGAUCAUGUUUGUAUGUUCAGCAUUUAAAAACGCACUUCUAAUGCAUUUCCUAUCAAUAUCAGAGCUAUAUCACCUGGUCCAGCAGGAAGCCCAAAGCACUUCAGUCUUAAAGUUGGUUUUUGUCGUUCAGAAUUUCAUUCCUUUUUGCUUGAUUUACUUUAUCGUUUUCAUUUGUAGGCAUUUAUGCCAACGUGUUUUUAUUUCGUGUCAAACCAUAUUUGUGUUAUCCACUUGAUUAUAAUAAUUAAUACGCUUUUGCUACGCUACUAAUAAUGAUUCAAUUGUUUCUACAUUACAUUUUGUUUUUGUUUUUUAUACAGAUUUUGCUGCUGUCAAGAGUUUGUAAGGCUGUUAGAUUCAUCAUCAUUUAUAACAUUUUGUUGUUUGUUUUAUUGGUUUGCUUUAGAAAUUAUAUUUUGGGCCCUGCUGUAAUGACACUUUGAACAGAUGUUAACAGGUUUGACUUCACCAUUAGGUGCCAUAAUAAUCAAAAAUUUGUUUAUUAGAAAAAUGGGGGCAGAUAUUAUUUUCACUAUGGACACUUCUUUUGAGAAAAACAAUAAAGAUUUAAUUACAAAUAUCAA